AUGGCUGAAGUUCAAGAUAUUCCGCUUCAAACUCUGUCCAGGCGGGGUGACCACUCGACUGGGGCGAGCACGGUUGCCGCCUCUCGCUUGACAUCCAAGGACGAUAGUAAUACUCAAGUCGCGUCGGAGAGUGGGCAGAGGGAAACCAAUUCAUUGCCACAUCAUGAAGGGCUUUCGCUCCCGCCUAUAGACAAAGGCUUUGCAGCAUGGUCGUUUGUGGCCGCAGCAUUUAUGCUUGAGACCCUGGUUUGGGGGUUUGGAUUCACAUAUGGCGUAUUUCAAGAAUACUUUCUUCAUCACCGCACAUUCGGAGACGCGUCUGAAGCAGCAAUCGGUGCGGUCGGAACUGUAUCUCUUGCAAUCGAGUACUUUGAGGUCUUGAUCGUGAUUUUAAUAGCGCAGCAGUGGCCCCACAGGACGAGACAAAUGAUGUGGUCGUCACUUGCCUUAUGCUGCGGAAGUCUACUUCUUGCUAGCUUUGCCACUAAAGUAUCCCAUCUCAUUCUGCUUCAAGGUGUCCUCUUUGGAAUCGGAGGCGGGGGGCUCUAUGCACCUGUCAUCAUCUAUGGAAAGUUGUCAGAAUGGUUUGUCGCCCGUCGAGGCUUAGCAGGCGCCAUUAUAUUCGGAGGUUCGGGGGCCGGAGGUGCUUGCUUCCCCAUUGCUGUUAAUUACCUCUUGACUAAUCUUGGCUUUCGGUGGACCCUCCGUAUUUGGGCAGGAUUCAUGCUCGUAUUCGGAGCCCUCGCACUCGCAUUCACGCGACCUCGCCUACCAGUCGUCCGACCGCAGGGCUCAGACAGUCCCAAUCUGUGGACGCGAAUCAAGAGGCAGCACUGGAGUUUCGUGAAGAGCCCUUUGUUCAUUUGCAUGACCACGACGACCUUUAUCCAAGCACUCGCCUAUUUCCCUGUUUCUUUAUACAUGGCUGUGUAUACUGUCUCUUUGGGCCUGCCUGCUCUAAAUGGAACUCUGGUUCUUUCGGUGUUUAAUUUGUCGAGUAUUAUUGGCCAAAUCAUCUUCGGUCAUGUAUGCGAUAUCGCCCCAUAUCAAUACGUAGUCAUUGCUUCCGGCGCGGGUGCUGCGCUCUCCGCAUAUCUCCUUUGGGGUUUCGCACAUAGCUUGGGCUUGAUUUUCGCCUUUGUUAUAGUCUUCGGAAGCAUCAGCGGUGGCUUUGGAUCUGUCUGGCCUGCGGCCUCGGUGGACAUUGCCGGCUCUGAACAAUCUGCGGUAUCAAAUGUUUUUGGACUUCUUGCGAUGACAAAAGGAGUGGCUGCCGUUAUUGGUCCACUUAUCGCUGCAGAACUGUAUCAUCCCGAACAGUCAGCUAUGAGAGGUACCUAUUCCGGAUAUGGUUUCAAGGACGUGACAUUAUUUGUGGGAAGUAUGAUGGCCGCAACCGCCGCAGGGGGAGUGGCUACUAGGCUAGCUAAGAGGAUUAUUUAG